AUGAGCAUCCUGGGUGGGCCCUUGUUGGAAGAGAACGAGGUCGAGGACUUGCUUCGGAAGUAUCCGCGCUUUAAAGGAGCGUUGCCACCCGAGGCGAGGCUUUGGACUGAGGCCGAGCUCGAGACCUUCUUGGCCAGCAAUGGGAGCCGAAAACCCACGGACCUGAGUGAGAACGGGGAGAAGAAGCCCCCAGUGAACUGUGGCCUGCUGACCAAAGCCAGGUUGAAACUGGCUGAGUUUAAGGUCGAAGAAGCUACGCUGGAGUAUCUCUCCUAUUGCAAGCACAGGCAGCAGAGGUCCAACUUUUGUACGUUGCCUCAGAUUGCCUCCUGCAGCCCAGUUCCACGCGUGCGCGCUGCUCCCACCGUCUCCCACGUCUCCAACGGCUACGCCGGUGAGCGCGAGCCGUCGCUCCGGAACGCUACACCGGUGACUCUGGUGCCCAAGCGCGGGCAAGAGCCGGUGUGGCGGCACUGGAACUUGAACUUUUGGAAGGAGGCCUGUGGUCUUGAAUACUGCAACUGCCGAACUCGCUGGCCCGCCUUCGAGCAGGACGAUUCAGGCAUGGAUGGCAUUUGCAUUGAGGCUGGCCUUGUGGAAUACUUGGAGUACAUGCUGGUCGUUGAGAUCCAAGAUGCUGCUUGCAUGGAAGACCAGGCAUUGGCCUUCCCUCGCUUGCAGGUGGGUGAUUUUUGCCCCUUCGUGAGUUCAUGCAGCCGUUUCUUCAAAGAUCACUGGCACACCUGGACACCACCGGGAGUUGAAGACCUCACACACCGCUGGUGCGAGUUCUAUGGCUCCAUUUUUGAGCAGGAUCCGAUCCAUCAGCUGGCGCAAUUCUACCGCUUGCACUUCGGAGUCAUUGGAGCUGUGAGUCGAUUACACCGGAUCAAUCAUCAAGCGCAGGAGUGGAUGCUUCAGAUGGAAGGCCAACGCUUGGUUUUUCUCUUCCCGCCGGAGGACACGGAGAAUAUCUACGAGCUCGUAGGCGGCUUGGACGAACACCGCUCCGAUGGGAGCUUCGGGUAUGCCACGCACAUCAGCGAGGUGAACCUCUUCUUCCCCAGCUCGAAGCGUCAUCCGCUCUUCUCGAAGUGCAAUGCGCUGGUGUCCCUCCUUGGCGAAGGCAAGACCUUGGUGAUUCCCUCGGGCUGGUGGUGGACUGCCAUUAGCACGCAGCCCUCCGUGACGCUGCACCACACCUAUUGGAGCUUUGAGAAUCGGUUAGGCUUCGUGGACGCCUUAUGGGCACCCUUCGAGUCCCAGCAGACCUCCGUGGACGUCCGGAACGCCAUGCGCCCGGCCUUCACCGAACUCCGUGAGCUCAUCCUCCGCGACGAUGGAAAGCGUGACGUGGAGGAUUGCGUGGUGGGCAGCAGUUAG